UGUGUAACUGUUAAAAAAAAACUGAUUUUUGGACACACGUCGUCUGCUCUUGCCACAGGCAAUAUUCAUCCGGAAUACAACCUGCCUAUAGGUAGCCUCUGUUUUGGAAGGAACAUGACACCGGGCUUUAGUGAUGAGAAAAAAGGAGGGGAAAGCUGUAGUAAUGUACUUGUGCACAAUCCUAAUUUGGAUGCCAUGAAAGAGGAUAUACUAUACCAUUUCAACUUGGGGACAGCCACACAUGAUUUGCCAGCCAUGUUUGGAGAUGUCAAGUUUGUGUGUGUAGGCGGCAGCCCGUGGAGGAUGAAGGCAUUCAUAGAGUUCAUCGGUCAUGAGUUGGGCUUGGCUGAGGCUAAAGCUGAUUACCCCAACAUCUGUGCAGGGACUGACCGUUAUGCCAUGUACAAAGUGGGACCUGUGCUCUCAGUCAGUCAUGGAAUGGGCAUUCCCUCAAUAGCAAUCAUGCUUCAUGAACUAAUCAAACUCCUCUACCAUGCACGCUGUACUGAUGUCACAGUUCUGAGAAUUGGAACCUCGGGUGGAAUAGGCCUCAAACCCGGCACUGUGGUGAUCACCAAACAGUCUGUGGAUGCCUGUUUCCUGCCACGAAUUGAGCAAGUGAUUUUGGGAAAGCCAGUGGUCCGUAGCACUGAUCUCGACUCUGACCUGGCAGAGGAGCUGUUCCAGUGCAGUAAAGACUUGGAUGAAUUUGAAACCGUCAUUGGCAACACUAUGUGCACAAUGGACUUUUAUGAGGGUCAAGCCCGGCUGGAUGGAGCCUUCUGCUCGUAUACAGAGGAAGACAAACAGAACUACCUCAGCGAAGCUUAUGCUGCAGGAGUCCGCAAUAUUGAGAUGGAGUCUUCUGUAUUUGCUGCCAUGUGUAAACUUAGCAGUCUUAAAGCGGCAGUGGUGUGUGUGACUUUGUUGGAUCGUCAGAAGGGAGAUCAGCUGAGCAGCUCUCAUGAAGUCCUACACAGCUACCAACAGCGCCCACAAAUGCUUGUGGGGCACUUCAUCAAGAGGCGUCUGAAUGCCAUGAGCAGAGGCGUCUUAUCUCCUGAUGCUGACAAGGCAAAGACAUCCUGAGAUUGUCAUUAGAAAAUGGUGUCUUACUUGCACUCUUAAUUAUUACAAAUCCUUUGUGUGCAUUCUACUUAAAGCAUUGUAUUUAGUGUGAUCAAGGCUGUCUUUGCUGAUGAGCCUUUCAUUUCAGCUAAAUCGCCUAUGUUGCUAUAUUUUUGUGUUUUUUUAUCUAAGUUAUAGAUUUAAAAAAAAAAAUGGGAACUGGGAGCAUUUUUGUUGGGAAAUGUUUGAUUUAUUACUCUGCUGAUAUUUUCGUAACAUUUUGAUAUAGUUUUCAUACAAGAUUUCACUACAAACAGUAUAUUAUGUAAAAAGAGAAAGUUGACCGUGUUUUCCACUGGUCUUGUAACCCAGUGCUUUCCCUGUAUCUAGAGUACUCGGUACUCGGACCCCUUUGUAAUGCUAGAUUGGGUACAUAUAACAUGGACAGUAAUGUUAGUGGAUAUAUUUGAAAGUCUGUAGCUGUAAGGUAUACCAUAUAGCAGUAUCCCCUGUAUUUAGUUGCAAGUAAUCACUUGAAUCCCUUUGUAAUGCUGGGUUGGGCACAUAUUACAUGGACACUAAUGUCUGUGGAUAUAUUUGAAAGUCUGUAGCUAAAUGUUAUGAAGCAUAUUAUAAUACUAGCAAUAAAGAUUACCCAUGAAAAAUGAAAUGUGUUUUGUUAGACUGAUGGAACUGCCUGCAAUCAUA